AUGGAGAAUCUUUUCUCUCUGCUAGAAAGUGUAUAUGCCACAUGGCUGGGCCCCAGCACCACUACAUGGGCAAAGGACAUGACCCUUGCCUUUGCUUGUGGCAUAGGGCUCUACCUCCUGGUACUCCCCUACCUUGAAAGGUAUCUCCUUUCACCCCCAUCAAAUAUAAAGAAGAACAUCGGAAAGUCUCAAACUCAAAUGAACUUGCAGAGCAGGUGUGGGAAAAAGAUUGAGACUAUUUCCAGGAAAGAACUCAGUACUCACAGCUCUGCAGAUUACGAGACAAAGCAGAAGGUAAAAGAGAGCGAUGAAUCAUUUCUACAAGAAAUGAGCCCAGGACAACAGUUGAAUUCUUCAGAGAGCAUGUUAAAAUCACUAAGUACCACCCCACCAUUCUUCUGGGAUGCGAGAGAAAACCAAGAACAGCAGAUAACCACCCAGAAACUCUCAUAUCCUAGUAUCUUGGGGGACCAAUUUCAACAAAAAUAUAGUCAGCUUUUCUGGGGCCUCCCUUCCCUGCACAGUGAAUCUCUAAUGGCCGCUUCCUGGAUCCCUCAGGGCUCUUCUACUCUAUCCUCUCCCUUCUUCUUCUUCAAUGCCAUCUCCAAUGUUUAUCCUGUUCUGAGGCAGGAUGAAAUGUCCCCAGUGCUCUCCCAGGCACAUCGCCUGCCUUACCUGGAGCUCCAAUCCUCAACUUUAAUUCUGUCUUCAUCCCAGUUCCUGCACCCACCUCUGAAUCAGGCCCAGAGUCAUCAGGCCCACCUCCAGUCCUCUCUCCCAGCCCAACUGUCUGCUUCUCUACCCUACACUACGGACGCUGGAACAUCCUCCUGUCAGCCAAGCAGUAAAAUGCAAGGCCUCCCUGCUGAAAUCCAACACAAAGAAAAACAGUUGUUUAAGAAACAGCUAGAAAGUGGGUUGGCUUUACCCUGUGUGGUCCAGAGACCUCAAGAAGUCUAUGUCUUGGCCCCCAACCUUUCCCAAAGCUUGGCAGUGUCGGUCGUUCCUGACAAUUUCCCAAUCAGCCCCGAGCUCCGGGCAAAACUAGAGGAACAUAUUCAAAAAUGGGUCAGUCAACACCAACGGCACUUGCCCCCUAGUAUGCAAGAGUCCCUGGAAAGGAGGCCUCCUCAGAAGAAAUUAAUAGAGGCAUGUCUUGGUAGAAACAUGUCUGCCCUCUCACAACCCUUAGUGUCUAGGAGCGAAAAUAGCAGAGAUGCCCAGAAGGUGAGGCUCCAGGUAGAAAAGGAAUCUGGCAAGAAUCUGGAGCCUAUUCUGGAAGAGAUCCCAAAGGAUCCACCUAUAAGCUUGGUAAAAGCACCAGUGAGAGCUCUGGAAGUAUGCAUUCUUGGGCUAGCAAGAAAUCAAGAGAAAUAUGUGAUGAGAAACCAAAAACAUACAAUAAAAUACAAAAAUGUAGAAAACACCCUGAAAGCCCAUUUGGACACAAAAUCAGAGCAGAUCAACAAAGGCCUGAUCCCUUUGAGUGUCCGUCGAUCCUGGCUUUUAAUGAACAGUGGUUUUUCCACAUCUGACACCCGUAUAGAAACCAGAAAUACAACAUCUUCAAAGAGUUUAGAAAAGCUCUCAAGCUCUUCUCAGAAGCUAACCUUUCUCAAUCCAGGUACCCGGCAGGCCCUGGAAGCACAUGUCGUAAAAUUUCGGGUGAAGCGCAGGUGGGGCCUUCCCCUCAAAGUGCUGAAGCCUAUAAAGCUCCUUAAGUCCUUGCCCCUUGCUCAGCCCUCCCCACGCCCCUGUUUAUCUGUGGCCAAGUCAGCAGUUGAGUCGGCGAGGUUCCCAGGAAAACCAUCUCAGACAAGUUUGAAAGAGGUGAUAAUAGAGUCAUCAUCUUCACUAGGGAGUCUGCCCCUUCUCUCUCCUUCCUGUAAGGAAAUCGAGAGGGCCCUGAUAGGGAUUCCAUCUGGUACUGACCAAGAGCCUUUGAAAGCCCUCCCAACCAGAACAGACACUCUUACUCAUGGUGCCAUGGGUAUGCCUUCUCAGAGGAGGACUUCAAUAGGGGCAGAGAAAGAGAGUCAAGAAGUCCCUUUAGUGCCUAGAACUAGUUGCCAAGAGCCAGGAGCACCCAUCCUUCAGGCAAGAGCUGUCAGUGAGUUUCCAUCUAGAGUGGAGAAAGAGUCAGGAGGCCAACUGAAAGUCUAUGCCACUACUCUGUUCCUUCCAAACUAUUCUAAGAGCGAGCUCCGUACUACAGGUACUUUGGCUUCACAGAUGGAAGGUGACAUUAUGGUGCAACAUGUUAACAAUACCCUAGGACAGCAGAAACUCACUAGACCCAGUACCCCAAAGAAUCAGAACUCACAGGAGGGCCAAAGCAAGGUGUUGGCCCCGACAUGCCAGGGUGAAGACAGGAAGAGAAAAAAAAUGGGAAAACAUGAGGAAAUGUCCAAAUUUACUAGGGACAGGGAAAAAGAAGACAACUUUAAAAAUAAAUACCAUCAGCCCCGUCCAAAAAUGAUAAAGGUUCCUCCAGAAGGCCCCUUCCAAAAACUCGUGAGCUGCUUUCUUAAAUGGAUUCAUCCAAAUAAAGCAGUCAAAGGAGAAGAAAAACCCAUGACAAAAGGUACCCCCAAGAGCCAAAGGGAACCACGGGUGGACGGCAGCAUUGCUGAGGCUCAGGAGCUCAUGACAGCUGUCGGAGAGAUUCUAGAAAAGAAAAUGAUGCUUCAACGUCAACUCUGUUCUUCCAAGGUCAACCAGCACACGGAGGCUCCUGCAGCCCAUGUCUCUCACGUUUCCUAUAGCCAUGGGCCUCUCAUCUACUCAGAGCAAAGGAAAGCACCAGGUUACAUGGCCAAGUCGUCCUGCCAGAGGUGUUCUGUCCUGGACAAGCAAGUCAGAGACCAGCAGUCUCUGAAAAAUUCCCGAUUCAACAAUGAGCAACAGGCCCCACAGAAUCCCAGACACCUGCCCUCCAACAGGCCUUUGAACCUAGUCAAUCUCUCUCAAAAAGGAAGAGUGGUGAUGCCAAGCGUCUCAGGCCAGUAUUUCUACUGCCCAAGGCACUGUGUCUUCAGAGAAGUGGUGAUUCCAGUGAAGCAGAACAUUCCUCUCUGGCCUUUUCUAGUAGGAAAACAUCAGAAAGAAAUUUAG